AUGAGAUGGCUGUUUAAGUUUUCUUUCUUGGAAACGUCAAAUUUCAACCAAAACAAAACAACAUAAUAAUCCAUGAAAUGAAACACAUACAUAACCUAACCUCAUUUCAUUUAUAUUUUAGUUAAACAAAAAAUGGGAAUUAAGGGCAAUUAAAUUUUUGUGUUGGACAAAAUUGUUCGAUAUACCUACAUGUAAAACAUAAAAUUUUAUAAGAUAUUAACAUAAAAUUUUGAAGAAAUGGAGUCACUUUGGUGUAUUCCCCAAUUAUCCGAUGAAAUAAUUACAAACAAUGAUAUUUUUGAUCAAACUAAGAGUGUCGCUGCAGAUAUUAUGUCAAGACGUGUUACGCUAACACAGAUAGUAGAAAAUUUAUCCGGAGUCCUCACACACAAGGAGCCAGAGAAUAGAGAAAAAGGAAUGAGAUUCUUCACAACCCUACUCAAAGAUCUACCAAACGAUUACUUAACAGAAAUAGAAGUGAAAUUCAUAUCUAAAUUCUACAUAGACAGAUUAAAAGACAACCAUAGAGUUAUACCACCAGUUCUAGAAGGUUAUUUAAUAAUAAUAGAUAUGAAAAAUUAUAGUAUGAAUAGUACUGGCGAAUUUUUAACCAUACUUUUUAGGGAGGUUCCCUGCCAGUCCCAGUUGAGGGCUGAUAGAUAUAAUUAUUACAUGAUUAUAAAGAAACUGAUUGAGAGAGAUGUGGAUUAUAUGAAAACCUUAGGUCCAGAUUUCGUCUAUGGUGUGAUAUCGGCAAUGGACGGCGAAAGAGACCCUAGAAAUUUACUAUUCCUAUUCCAUUUCUUACCAGAAUUCCUUGUGAACAUCCCCCUAGGCCACUUAGUCGAAGAAAUGUUUGACAUCAUAUCGUGUUACUAUCCAAUUGACUUCCAUCCAUCUCCUGAUGACCCUGCAGCGGUGUCCAGGGAGGAUUUGGCUGCGGCUUUGUGUCCAUGUCUGUCUGCGGUGCCUGAAUUCGCUGAGCAUUGCUUGGUGUUGCUGGUGGAGAAGUUGGACUCUAGUUUGAGAUUGGCCAAAGUGGAUUCGUUGAGACUCCUUGCACAAAGCUGUAAAACUUUCAAACCAGAAAGUUACGUACCCUUUACAAAAACUCUGUGGUCCUCGAUACAAAGAGAAAUAACGCAUAAAACUGACGAUGAACUGAAAAUGGUCGCGCACGAGGCAUUGUCUGCUCUUGUCGCGAAUUUAGCGACAUCGGCAGACACAGAUCAAGCGUUUGAAAAUUUCGUAAAAGGAAUUAUUAUUUCAAUGCAAACAGCUAUUGCAGAGUCCAAAACGGUCGCACAAUUUGUUCAAGUUGCAAAGGUUUUGCUUACUACAGCAAACGCGUCAAGAGCGUCGUGUAUUAUGAUACUGAAGUCUAUGAUACCAGCAACUAUAGCGUAUUACGGUUUUAAAACUUCUCCUAAAUUGCAAAUAGCUAGUUUGGAUUUUUUAUCAGAUUUGUACGAAUUGGGCAAGCAUUGGGAUGUAUUGUCGGAACUUGAAAAUGAAGUUAAAGAAAUACCAGUGUUAUGUUUAACCGCUGUUAGUAAAACGACCAAGGAGUACCAAAUGGCCGGUUUUAGAACUUUGGUCAAAGUGCAAAACGUUUUGGAUAGUAAUUUAGUGUUGCCAUUUGUUGAAGUUCUUACGCAUAAUAUUCAGUACAGUCAAGACAGUGAUUUGCUUGCAGUUAGCGUGGAAACUGUACACGCUAUUGCAAGAAAGUAUCCUGAGUUGAUAAUGAAUUUAGUAGUUAUAGGAAAAUGUGACUUGGAGAAUUUGACGCAAGACAAAACCGGUUUACAGAAAAGGUUGAAUUUGCUUACCAACUUAGCGAGUAUUGAUGAAUUUACUAAAGUGAUUCUAGAAGAAAUGCUUAAAGUUAUAACGAGUAACGACGCCGAAGCAGAUAAAGUGGUUGAGGCAUUGAGUGAGAACAUGUCGAAUACUAGUUUGUAUACAGACGAGAAAUUAAUAAAAAUCGAAAGUGAUCAUGGAUUAAUAGAUUCUAUAAUAAACUGGCUUCUCAAAGAAAUACAGCGGCCUCACGAGUCGUUGUCACAUGGAUUUAAUUUGAUAGCGAAUACGAUAAGCAGUUUAUCGUGUGAGAAACAAUUGAAAAUGUUAGCUAAACAUAGUCCAGAUCUUUUAGAGAAAUGUAAAACAGAGGAGGUCUAUUACCAUAUAUUACAAAGUCUGUAUAUUUCAUUGCAUCAGACAAUUUAUGAGGCCAAAUUUGAAGAGAUAUUGUCAAUGAGUUUGGAUUUAGCUCUGAAUAGUGAGAAGGAAGUGAUCAGGACAAAGGCUUGUAUAUUAGUGGCACAUUUCUUGAACAAAGCGGAGUCUGGGCAGAAAUUUGAGCUUUUGUAUGAGAUUCUGAAGAAUUACUUGAGUAGUUGCAGUAGGAACAAACAGGAAUUGUGUCCGCGCCUCAUAGUUCUUUACAGUUGGAUAACUAAGGCGUUGAUAAUGAGAGGACAUGAUAUGUUUGUGUUUUGGCUCCAAAAGAUAGUAUCCACACUAUCGACACCGGAAUAUUGUCAUCAAGGCUCCGACGCCGUACGCCUCAUCAUGACUGACUUCUCAGAAUGUCUGAACACGAAGCAUCAUUGCCGCGUCAGUCUUCUAUACAAACAGAGAAUGUUCCAGACUUUCUCGACGUUAACUGAGAAAUUGACGGUAGUUGAAGAUUCGAAAGAAGCGUUCCUGUUGAGUUGGGCGUAUGUGUUGAAUGGAGUGCCCAAAAGUGUACUUAAGAACCAAGUUAUCAAGAUUACGCCAGUAGUUAUAGACGCCUUGACAUACGACAACAAGGAUCUGUUAGUAGUUAUGACGGACGUCCUCAGCUAUUUUGUACAAUUACAACUGCCUUUAGUCGCCGACAGCUUGCAAACCGUGCUGCCUAGGCUGGUCAAUCUGACCAGAUAUGCUAACUCUAUGGACGUAAGAAUAAAAAGCCUCCAAUGCCUCUACGACAUCGCCAAUUCGUACCGAACAAGCCUGCUGCUACCGCACAAGCAAGACAUAUUAAUUGAUUUAGCGCCAUCUCUUGACGACAAGAAGAGACUCGUCCGCAAUAUGGCGGUCAAGGCCAGAACCAGGUGGUUUUUAAUUGGCGCCCCUGGAGAAGUUAAAGAUAAUUAAUUGUUUGUGUUAAAAUUGAAAUGUAUUGUAUUUUUUUUAAAUAUUAAAAGAAAGAAAAAAAUUGAAAAUAGCAAUAUCCUACAUUAAUACUGAGCUUCUGUUUUGUGCGCACGAUGUACUAAUAUAAAUUAAGGAGCAGAAAACAUACAAAUAGGCAAAAAUAUACUAAUAGGUAAACCCUUUUAUUUGGCGAUAAAAUAGUAUAUUGUGAUACGGCAAAAAAGUUUUUAGUUUGUAACCUAUUGUUAAGAAAUAAACAAGCCCUUAAGAAUAUUCCAAUGUUUUUUUUCAAAUUAGUCGUUUUUUAUUAAAUCUUUUGGUUGCACUUUUUCUACGUUACAAAUUCGUUUCUAAUAUAUAUUACUUAUUUGUUGAAAUUCUUGUACUACUAUUCUUUUCAAAGUUUAUAUUCCUAUUAAGUGUUGCUAUAAUCAACAAAAUAUUGGAAUUCUUUGUAGUAUAUAUAAUAUACAUUGUUAUUUAAUGACGAAAUAAUGUAAAAAUUACUUGUAUGUUCUGAUCUGAAGAAUAAUUUAACGCACCAUGCUGUAAGAUGUAUGUAGGUAUGUAUGUCCAUACAUUGUAUUUUGUUAAAUUGUGAACA